UUUCUUUUCUGAUCAAACGUUUUGUAAGUUUAUUCAAAGUCAGUUACAAAUUAACGAACUGGAAAUUGUUGUUUACCAACAUGCCCAAGUAUUACUGCGAUUAUUGCGAUACAUAUUUGACACACGAUUCACCGUCCGUUCGCAAAACCCAUUGCACGGGCCGCAAGCAUCGUGAUAAUGUGAAGUUUUACUACCAAAAAUGGAUGGAGGAGCAGGCACAGCAUCUGAUCGAUGCCACCACUGCUGCAUUUAAGGCGGGCAAGAUUACAAACAACCCAUUCGCUGGACCUGCGCCUGGCAACAAACCGGCAGGCGUUUCCAUACCGCCACCCAACAUGGGAGCUCCACCGCGUCCAGGCAUGCCCAACAUGCCGCCGUAUAUGCCACCCAUGAUGAAUCCACUGAUGGCACCCACAGGAAUACGUCCACCGCCCAUUCUCAAUCCGAUGGCCAUGAUGGGGCCGCCUCCACCGUUGGGAACGCUGCCUCCACAAAUGAUGAACGGACCAAAAUAAUAUAGAGCAUGAAAUAGUGGAUUUAAGUCAAUAAAUAGUUAAGACCAGUUACAAAUACAUAAACCAUUUGUAAAAAUUAA